CACUAAGCAUUUUCCAGAACCCCCCCCCCCAAAAAAAAAAAACCUUAAUUCAAGCUUUUCUUGGAUUGCUCUAACAUUAGCAAAGAGGAAGAGUCCACUCAUCCUCUCUCCCAUCAUCUGUCUCGUCAUCCCCUUCUUUAUUUUUCCACAUAAAAAAUUAUUCCUUUGUUACACUAUUUCCAGCUCCACUCCUCACUUUCUCUCCCUUCAAAAUGGAAAUCUUGUAAUAUCAACUAAUGAUCAUAACGUUUUUUGUUUCAUUUACUUCUUUCUUCUUGGCUCUUGCUGGUUUUUUCCCAUCAACAGAAGAAAAAAAAACAUAGAACCAUCCAAUCUUUGGUAGGACUAUAAGAAACCAAGGGAUUCAGUACAGCCCUUUAAUUUCUUUAUCUCCGUCCCCCUCUUGAAUUAAGGUUUUUGUGUUUAGGAGAGAAGCAAACCCUAGAAAAAAACAAGAAGAAGAAGAAGAAGAAGAAAGGGGUGGAGUGACUAUAAAGACAAAAAAUAGGAAGAGGAAAGGCCACCGCCACUGCCAGCAGCAGCAACAUAACCUAAACCACCUGAAAGAUCGAAAUAACUAAAACAAAACUCUAUGAAUUCAAUCCAAGAAAUGGAGAGCUCCAACUCUGAAAACACAAGUUUCAACAGCAUAGGCAACAUCAACACCACCAACACAGCCAUGUCAGUCUCAAACUUGCCACCACCAUCCUCCACCACUCCGAGUCGCUAUGAGAAUCAAAAGCGCCGAGACUGGAACACCUUUGGCCAGUACCUCAAGAACCACAGGCCUCCUCUUUCUCUGUCCAGGUGCAGUGGUGCUCAUGUCCUUGAAUUCCUUCGCUACCUUGACCAAUUUGGCAAGACCAAAGUGCACACUCCAAUCUGCCCCUUUUAUGGCCACCCAAACCCACCCGCCCCCUGCCCAUGCCCUCUCCGCCAGGCCUGGGGUAGCCUUGACGCGCUCAUUGGACGCCUCCGAGCAGCCUUUGAGGAAAAUGGAGGGAAACCUGAAGCAAACCCUUUUGGAGCUCGUGCUGUUAGGCUGUAUCUUCGUGAGGUUCGUGAUUUGCAGUCUAAAGCAAGAGGGAUUAGCUAUGAGAAAAAGAAGCGUAAGCGUCCACCACAGCAACAAAUCCAAGCCCUGCCACUGCCACUUCCACUGCCAAUGCCACCACCACCAGGUGCAACUUAACAAAAACAAACAAAGAGUACCCUUUAUCAAGCAGUUUACAAUACUACUGCUCUUGAUAGUUCUUAAUUAUUUCCCUAUCCGUAUUAUUGGUUAUUUUGUUUUACUAGUAUGUAUGAGUUAUAAGGCAUUUUAGUAUUUAGGGUUAGUCUUUUUCUCCUCCUUUUGGGGUAUUUCUAUGUUUUCUUUGAUAUGUGGAAACAAUGGGUAGCUAGAUCUGCGGAUACCAUGAAUCUGCUUUUGAUGCAAACAGUGGUAGUAAUAUUACUAGUAAUGGGACUAGCGGUAGUGGUAAUAGAAAAGUGAUUGUACUUGCAGUUAUGGUCUGUGUUGGGACUGAGAGCAUCUAUAAUUGCUCUUACAUUUGUGUAAUAUUCAUGUAUGCCAAGCCAUCGAUUUGCAGAUCA